AGAGAGAGAGAGAGAGAGAGAGAGAGAAAGAAAGAAAUAAGAAAAAAAUACGCUUGGCUGGGAGAUGCAAUCGGCCGCCGCUGCUGCUGCCACAGCCAGCAAUGCAAGAUUAGAUUUCUAAAUGCAGCAAAACACUGCCUGAAAACUGACUAGCCUGAGCAGGAAGCAGACAUUUCACAGUGCACCGGCGAAGCUUCAAAAAUUGUCUGUGACUCUUUUCGUCGUUGUUCCUCAUUCUCAUCAAUUUCAUCAAGGGAAACGUGUAACAAGUAAGGAUUUCACUUUCCGAUCUGCCUGGAGACACACCUCCCCAAACCCUCCCCCACCCGAUGUGAAGAGUAUUCCGUAGGCAACCGGCGGGAGUGGAUUUGCAGCGCCCUAGCGGGAGCGAGGAAAACCUACGGAUUCUUGAGCUCAUUAUCAUCCCUCCCAGACUCGAUUUCCUUCUUAUCGCCGGCGUCAUCGCGCAAGUUUGAACAUUCUGAAGUCCAGGCGGGAGAGACAAAGCCUCGGGCUCGCCCUGAACUGCAGGGAGCCGCCGCCUUGCUCCGAGCCUCUGCAGCUCCUCUCUGCCGCUAAUCUUAGCCCAGUGCGGAUGCUGUAGAUCAACAGGUUCGGGGAACUUGAGCGGAAUAAGGAGAGACUGCUUGGUGCCGCAGCCCUGGUGCGGAGGGAAGGAAGGACCUACAGACUUGUGGCUGGCUUCGCGUGCGCAAGCUCCUCCCGGGCCCUAGGCUGGCGCGCACCCAUCCGUUCGCCCCUCCAUUCCGGCUGCUCCUGCCCCCACCCCACCGGUCUGGGAUGUACCUUUCCAUCUGUUGCUGCUUUCUUCUAUGGGCCCCUGCCCUGACACUCAAAAACCUCAACUAUUCAGUGCCGGAGGAGCAAGGGGCCGGCACGGUGAUCGGCAACAUCGGCAAAGAUGCUCGACUGCAGCCCGGGAUUCCCCCGGCUGAGCGCGGUGGCAGCGGCGGGCGAAGCAAAUCCGGCAGCUACCAGGUGCUGGAGAACUCCGCGCCGCACCUGCUGGACGUGGACGCCGAUAGCGGGCUCCUCUACACCAAGCAGCGCAUAGAUCGUGAGUCCUUGUGCCGCCACAAUGCCAAAUGCCAGCUGUCUCUGGAGGUGUUCGCCAACGACAAGGAAAUCUGUAUGAUCAAGGUAGAAAUUCAGGACAUCAACGACAAUGCUCCCUCCUUCCCCUCGGACCAGAUAGAAAUGGACAUUUCGGAGAACGCAGCUCCCGGCACCCGCUUCCCACUUACCAGUGCUCAUGACCCAGACGCGGGGGAAAACGGUCUCCGCACUUAUCUGCUCACGCGCGAUGACCACGGCCUCUUUGCACUGGACGUAAAAUCCCGCGGCGACGGCACCAAGUUCCCAGAGCUGGUUAUUCAAAGGGCGUUGGACCGCGAGCAGCAGAACCACCACACACUGGUGCUGACUGCCCUGGAUGGAGGCGAGCCGCCGCGCUCCGCCACGGUGCAGAUCAACGUAAAGGUGAUCGACUCUAACGACAACAGUCCGGUCUUCGAGGCGCCAUCCUACUUGGUGGAACUGCCCGAGAAUGCCCCGUUGGGAACCGUGGUCAUUGAUUUGAACGCCACCGACGCUGAUGAGGGCCCCAAUGGUGAAGUGCUCUACUCCUUUAGCAGCUACGUGCCCGACCGCGUGCGGGAGCUCUUCUCCAUCGACCCGAAGACCGGCUUGAUCCGUGUUAAGGGCAACCUGGACUAUGAGGAGAACGGGAUGCUGGAGAUCGACGUGCAGGCCAGAGAUCUGGGACCUAACCCAAUCCCGGCCCACUGCAAGGUCACAGUCAAGCUCAUCGACCGCAACGACAACGCGCCGUCCAUCGGUUUCGUCUCCGUGCGCCAGGGGGCGCUGAGCGAGGCAGCCCCGCCCGGCACAGUCAUAGCCCUGGUUCGGGUCACUGACCGAGACUCGGGCAAAAAUGGGCAACUGCAGUGUCGAGUCCUGGGUGGAGGAGGGACAGGCAGCGGUGGUGGCCUUGGUGGGCCCGGGGGUUCUGUCCCCUUCAAGCUUGAGGAGAACUAUGACAACUUCUAUACCGUGGUGACUGACCGUCCAUUGGACCGCGAGACACAGGACGAAUACAACGUGACUAUCAUUGCGCGGGACGGAGGUUCGCCUCCACUCAAUUCCACCAAAUCGUUUGCAGUCAAGAUUCUGGACGAGAAUGACAACCCUCCUCGUUUCACCAAAGGGCUGUAUGUGCUUCAAGUGCAUGAGAACAAUAUUCCAGGAGAAUACCUGGGUUCCGUGCUCGCCCAGGACCCCGACCUGGGCCAAAACGGCACAGUGUCCUACUCCAUUCUCCCCUCUCACAUCGGCGAUGUGUCCAUCUACACCUAUGUGUCUGUAAACCCCACGAAUGGAGCCAUAUACGCUCUGCGCUCCUUUAACUAUGAGCAGACUAAAGCUUUUGAGUUCAAGGUGCUUGCUAAAGAUUCAGGAGCGCCCGCGCACUUGGAGAGCAACGCCACGGUGAGGGUGACGGUGCUAGAUGUGAAUGACAAUGCACCAGUGAUCGUGCUGCCUACGCUGCAGAACGACACGGCGGAGCUGCAGGUCCCACGCAACGCUGGCCUGGGCUACCUGGUGAGCACAGUGCGCGCCUUGGACAGCGACUUUGGCGAGAGCGGGCGUCUCACCUAUGAGAUUGUGGACGGCAACGACGACCACUUGUUUGAGAUCGACCCGUCCAGUGGCGAGAUCCGCACCCUGCACCCUUUCUGGGAGGACGUGACACCCGUAGUAGAACUGGUGGUGAAGGUGACAGACCACGGCAAGCCCACCCUGUCCGCAGUGGCCAAGCUCAUUAUUCGCUCUGUGAGCGGCUCCCUGCCCGAGGGAGUGCCUCGAGUGAACGGCGAGCAACACCACUGGGACGUGUCCCUGCCGCUCAUCGUGACUCUGAGCACUAUCUCCAUCAUCCUCCUAGCGGCCAUGAUCACCAUCGCUGUCAAGUGCAAACGCGAGAACAAGGAGAUUCGCACUUACAACUGCCGCAUCGCUGAGUACAGCCACCCGCAGCUGGGCGGGGGAAAGGGCAAGAAGAAGAAAAUCAACAAAAAUGAUAUCAUGCUGGUGCAGAGCGAGGUGGAGGAGAGGAACGCCAUGAACGUCAUGAACGUGGUGAGCAGUCCCUCCCUGGCCACCUCCCCCAUGUACUUCGACUACCAAACCCGCCUGCCCCUCAGCUCACCCCGAUCGGAGGUGAUGUAUCUUAAACCAGCCUCCAACAACCUGACUGUCCCCCAGGGGCACGCAGGCUGCCACACCAGCUUCACCGGACAAGGGACUAAUUCGAGCGAGACCCCCGCCACUCGGAUGUCCAUAAUUCAGACAGACAAUUUUCCCGCAGAGCCCAAUUACAUGGGCAGCAGGCAGCAGUUUGUUCAAAGUAGCUCCACGUUUAAGGAUCCAGAAAGAGCCAGCCUGAGAGACAGUGGGCACGGGGACAGUGAUCAGGCUGACAGUGACCAAGACACUAACAAAGGCUCCUGCUGUGACAUGUCUGUUAGGGAGGCACUCAAGAUGAAAACUACUUCAACUAAAAGCCAACCACUUGAACAAGAACCAGAAGAGUGUGUUAAUUGCACAGAUGAAUGCCGAGUGCUUGGUCAUUCUGAUAGGUGUUGGAUGCCACAGUUCCCUGCAGCCAAUCAGGCUGAAAAUGCAGAUUAUCGCACAAAUCUCUUUGUACCAACAGUUGAAGCUAAUGUUGAGACUGAGACUUACGAAACUGUGAAUCCCACUGGGAAAAAGACUUUUUGUACAUUUGGAAAAGACAAACGAGAGCACACUAUUCUCAUUGCCAAUGUUAAACCUUAUUUAAAAGCCAAACGUGCCCUGAGCCCUCUCCUCCAAGAGGUCCCCUCAGCAUCCAGCAGCCCAACCAAGGCAUGUAUCGAGCCUUGCACCUCAACAAAAGGUUCCCUGGAUGGUUGUGAAGCAAAACCUGGAGCCCUGGCCGAAGCAAGCAGUCAGUACUUACCCACUGACAGUCAAUAUCUGUCACCCAGUAAGCAACCGAGAGACCCUCCCUUCAUGGCUUCUGAUCAGAUGGCAAGGGUCUUCGCAGAUGUGCAUUCCAGAGCAAGCCGGGAUUCCAGUGAGAUUGGUGCUGUCCUGGAGCAGCCUGAACACCCCAACAGGGAUCUGGGCAGAGAGUCCAUGGAUGCAGAGGAAGUUGUGAGAGAAAUUGAUAAGCUUUUGCAGGACUGCCGAGGGAAUGACCCUGUGGCUGUAAGAAAAUGAGAAGGAAAAAAAAAGUGCAUUGGCAUUUUCUUAUCUCUUCUGUUGAGUUAAAAAUGAUCACUUCUGGUGACAACCCAUUUUACAGGGAUGGAGAAAGACCAAUGCUACUUAAGGCUUUUAGUGAACAUCUGAAGUGCCCACAGUAUGUUCUUUUCACUGCUGUUUCUUUUUGAGAAAUAACAAUGAUUUUGUUUUGACCAAACUUAUAUUAGGACAGAAUUAAUGAUGCUUAAAGAGAAAA